AUUGAUGAGAUGCCAGAAGCUGCAGUAAAAUCCUCCUCCAACAAAUACCAAGUCUUCUUCUUUGGGACCCAUGAAACGGCAUUCCUGGGGCCCAAAGACCUCUUCCCCUAUGAAGAAUGCAAGGAGAAGUUUGGGAAGCCCAACAAAAGGAAAGGGUUCAGCGAAGGUUUGUGGGAAAUCGAGCACAACCCAACUGUCAAAGCCUCCGGGUACCAGCCCACCCAGAAGAAGACCUGCCCUGAGGAUGCUGAGCCAGAGCAGGAGCCAGAGGGUGACGGGGAGAAGAAGGGCAACGCGGAGGGCAGCAGCGAUGAGGAGGGGAAGCUAGUGAUCGACGAGCAGUCCAAGGAGAAGAACGAGAAAGCCGGGAUCAAGAGGAAAGCGGAAGAUGCUUUGGAGGCCUCCCCCAAGCGCGCCAAGGAGAUGGAGGGGCAGGAAGCAGAGCAGAAGGUAGACAACGAAGAGGCCCCCAAGGAGGAGCCAAAACCCAACCCAGCCGAAGGGGAGAAGGAGAAGAACAGCGACGCCGCCAGCGUGCCGGACGCCAACGAAGCCAAGCAGGAGGGCAAGGAUAAAGCGGAGGAGGUCAGAGACCACAAGGAGAGCCUGUAGUGGCCUCCCUGGCGAGCUGAUCUCCUGCUGCCCCUUCCCUGCUGGGCUCCCAGGGUGUUGCCCCAUCUCGCCCUCGUCGCCUCGUCAACGUCCACGGCUCCGGAAACAAGAAACAAACGGAAAAUGAAAUUCAAAGAAGACAGAAGAAGAAAAAAAGAAAAAAAAAAAAAAAAAAAGGAAGAAAUGAAGAGAAACCCAGUAAUGAGAACCCCUGAACCAACCCGCAUCUCCUGGCCCUGCCGUCGCGGGGCGCAUGCUUUGUAUUAGUGAUUUCUAGGGGGCUGAUCAGUUGAUUUGAAAUAAAAGCGAUUCAUGCCUUUUUAAA